ACGACUAGUCUGCAACUGCAGCCAAGGCGUCUUCAGCCCUUCCUGUCAAAUCUCUCAAUAUACUAUGUUCUAUGGCGGAUACUAGUCCCAGCUCCCACGGAACGUUGUCCGCAUGCCGUGGUAUUUAAUGUAACACAAGUACGCCGUCUAGCACCCAGCAACUCUCAGCACGCUAUCGGCCAUGAAUCUCCUGCUCGCGUUCAAGGCCUUGAUCGUCUCCCUGGCCUUCAUGCCCGCCCUUGGUGCAUAUGUAAGGCAGCUUUCCACCGUUAUUGAAGCAACUUCGUCGACCAGCGUUGAUCAGUCUCCGUCCACUUCCGUAGUAUUUCCACAGACUACUGCGACCACCAUUACCACGUCGAUGACAACUGUUUCCCCGACGAUUAUAUCCGUGUCGGAACGGAGUACCUCUACGACUAUUGUGUCCGAAUCUAUUGGCUGCGGCACGCUAUCAUCGUCCAUUAACUCUGUGUCCUCGUCGUUCGCUUUUGGCACUACUACUUCUACUUCCUUGGGCAUAAUCAUGACUGUGGUCUCCUCAUCCGUCGGUGGUUGCCCGACUACUUCCGUAUCUCACGUUACCGUUUCUACCGCCACUGUUUCAUUCUCGACCAGUACCAACGGCGGUACCACCACCUGCAUCAGCACCACAGUCCCGGUCACUAGUACAACUGCUAUUCCUGUCUUGUGUAGCGGUUAUGGUGCUACGGUCCCCGCGUCUUGCGUCGCCACCGGAAGUGCUCAUAGCACCACUGCUACUACCGUCUCUAGCACCCAAGGCACUAGCACCGCAGCCGCGGCACUCUCGGGGGCAGCCAAUGCUGCUCUGAAGUCGUCGAAUGUGAAUCAGUUGGUGUCGGGCCUCGUCGUUAUUCUUAUUGGUGCGAUGGUGCUUUAAGGGACCGAACGUAGCUACAGUCUUCAUCCUUACAAUACCCCAUGAAAUUUCGACCCUUUCCUUUCAUACAGUUUACCAGAAUUAUCAUUUCAAAAUGUUACUCAAGCAGCGGUCUCACGCGUGGAAAAUCUCCCAUCCGAUGCAC